UUAAACAAUAGAUAGUAACAAUAUAUUUUCGGCCAUUGUCGAAGCGUUUAUUCGGUGCUAAAAAAUAAGAUUAAUGAUUUCUAAUUGUCAAAUGGAUUUAAAUGAUACAAGUGAACACCCCACAUGUGAUGAUGAUGUUGGGGAGGAAGAUGCUUUUAUAACUAUAGUGAAUAGUAUCAUCCAAUUAACAUCUGAUAUAAAUAGUGAUUUUCCGGGUGAAACAGAAUUGUCUUCUUCUGAUUCCGAUGAUGAAGAGGAAGAUGAUUUCUGGUUUUUGGAAAGUACUCGGUCAGAAAACAGACCUUUGAAGAAGGAGUUUGUAUUUUUAGAGGAGCAUUCAUUAGUGAAAAAAAUAAUAUAUGAAGAAAACGAAGAAGUGGAGGUGUUGGUUGAAGGAAAGAAAAAAAACAAAGAAAUGACAGAAAGAAAUGAACAGAUGAAAAAAUUAAGUCUAUUGGGUAAAAGAAGAAAUACUUAUGAUAGAUUUGCAUACAAAAGAGAAUCGGAUGAUGAUGAUGAAGAAACGACCAAAUGUUUCGAUGCUUUUGUGGAUUUUUUCCGCAGAUUUCCAUCAAUCAUCUGCUCUUGCUUCAAAAAGAAAAGUAAAAUGGCGGAAUGUACAUCAUCGUUACAUUCCAUUUAGCUAAAAAAAAGAAAAAAAGUUAUAUUUUUUAAAUAUUAUUUAAAAAAUUUAUUGUUCUUACAAUUAUAACAAAGGCACAUUACAAAAUUAUUUGGUCCAAAUAUCUGGUGUGCAACUUUCAUCGGCAGGCGCCAUCGUAUAAUCUGCUCUAUACUUUCGGCCGAAUUAUUAAUGCUUAAUUAAAACAAAGCGAAAAAUAAUUUCUAAUGCAUUCGUGGAGAUGUCAUUAUAAUGUUAUCGAAGGUUAUCAGAGGAAUGUAAGCGAAGGUUAUCAGAGAAAUUGUCAAGGUGUCCCUUUGUGGAGGCAUAAUCACCGUACGUGUCUCUGCAAGGGAAAAAGCGAACGACAUCAGAAGGAAUUGG